AUGGAACACACUGAUGCGAGUAGUACUAUAAAUGAAAAUAACUCUUUAAUGGCUAGUGAAACUGAUUCAGUUGUAACGACACAAUCUUCAUAUAAUACUAGGGGAAGAGCCCAUGAUAUGGAAACUCACCUUGCAAUGAAGUGUAAAGGGAAAGUGCCAAAGGAGAUUCGAACUAAAGUUCUUAGAGAUCUUCAGAGU